GAGCGGAGCGGGCGGCCGAGCGCCAUUUUGUGCUGCUGUUCGUUGUGAGCGGUGGAUCUCUCUCCUCUCUCUGUGUGUGUGUCUCUAUCUCUCUCUCUCUGUGUCUCUCCCCCGCGCUCAGUCCCGUCGUGUGUCUGUGGCCUCGCGAUCAUCCUCAGCGUUAGAAGACGAAAAGCCGCUCUCGGCUCCUCAGCUCCGUGUGUGUUCGCGCGUUUCCCCCCUUCUCUCUCUGUCUGUCUCACCGCGUCUCCCCGCACCGCCCCACCGCCCCUCAGGCAACAUGGAUCCCUCGAUGGUCGAGUACAUCCGCGUGGCGGAGGAGGAGUCGGACGAGCCCAUGGAGAUCCCGUCCGAGGACGACGGCACCGUCCUGCUCUCCACCGUGACGGCGCAGUUCCCGGGCGCCUGCGGCCUGCGCUACCGCAACCCCGAGACGCAGUGCAUGCGCGGGGUCCGCCUGGCCGAGGGCAUCCUGCACGCGCCCGACAACGGCUGGAGCAACCUCGUCUACAUGGUCAACUACCCCAAAGAUAAUAAAAGGAAAAUGGACGAGAGUGAUGCGUCUUUAGCUGUGAAGGUGAAGCGAGCAGUCCAAAAGACAUCAGACCUCAUUGUUCUUGGACUUCCUUGGAAAACCUCAGAGCAGGACCUGAAAGAUUACUUUACUACAUUUGGAGAAGUGAUUAUGGUGCAGGUGAAGAGGGAUACAAAGACCGGCAACUCCAAAGGCUUUGGUUUUGUCAGGUUCACAGAGUAUGAAACACAGGUGAAAGUGAUGUCACAGCGGCACAUGAUUGAUGGGCGAUGGUGUGACUGCAAGCUCCCCAAUUCCAAGCAAAAUGCAGACGAGCCUCUGAGGUGUAGGAAGGUGUUUGUUGGCCGCUGCACCGAGGACAUGAGUGCUGAUGAGCUUCGCCAAUUCUUUUCCCAGUUUGGGGAUGUGACAGAUGUAUUUAUCCCCAAACCAUUCCGAGCUUUUGCUUUUGUCACUUUUGCAGAUGAUCAGAUUGCCCAGUCUCUGUGUGGUGAAGAUCUGAUCAUUAAGGGGGUCAGCGUGCACAUUUCUAAUGCAGAGCCUAAGCACCUGAACUCUAGACAACAGCUAGAUAGAACUGGACGAUUCGGUAGCCAGGGAGGCUAUGGAAAUCAGGUUUACAGUAACUGGAACGGAAGAAGUGUGGGCGAAGUCGCUGUGUGCAACUUUACAGGUUUUUGAACAGAUUUUAAUGCAGUUCAGGGUGAAAAGGUUGGCCAAAGAAACUGCCUGCAAAUAUCCAAGGGAUAGCGUCCGACACAAACAAUUGCAUGAAGGUGUUCAUAUUAAUUUUACCCCACAUUUUCAGAUCCAUCAAACUUAAUACUUCUGAUUUGGAGAAUCUGGUUAUAAUCCUCCAUGUCUUUUUUUUCCAGUGAUGUUUCUUUCGUGAGUAAAUGAAAAAAAUAUUGGAAGAGUAUCUUCAUCCUGAUCUCUGAACCUCAUCUCAUUUCCGAUGUGGUAGAUAGAGCACUCCAUUAAAGAGACAGUAUUGCUGAUUUAAGAUUGCAGGAUCCCUUUCUGUAGUCUGGCUUGGGUGGCAUAACUAAGCUAAGUCAACACUAAAACAUCUUUGAAAUACUAACCUGCUUAUGUAUCGUUUGUUUUAGAUGAGACUUAUCACUUCCAGCACUAACUGGGAUAAAGAUUAGAAUGCUAAUCACAAAGUAGUUGAGUUUAACAUCUCAGUUUAAUGCUUAAGAUCAAUGUGCAGAAAUUUGGAGAAUCCUCAGUCUGUUUUUCUUCGUGUGUAGACUUAAACCAGUUGCAGUUUUUAACGUUUCUGUUCGCUGCAAUGUUUUUAGUGCAGCGGCUGUGCUUCUCUGCAUGUGGCUUUCUUAAACCCAGUUCUGCAUGGCGUAGUCUCUGAAAUGCUUGACGUAGCAGCUAGACAUCUGAUCUGCAUGUAGGGCAACUUCUUUCUAAUAGGCUCUUAAGUAGACUGCACAGACACAAUCUGAAGGAUUGUGUACAGCUUCAGUAUCAGAUCUACACAACAACCGUUCAAAUAUAUAUUGGCAUUCUUGUAUCAUUGAUAAGUAAAGCAUUGCAUUAAAAUUUCUUAGCCUAUUAGCACAUUUAUCUGAGCAGCUAUAAAAGCAUGAAGUGUUAAAAGAAAAUUGUCCCAUUGUUAAGCAAUGUAUUUACUUACAGCUGGUUCUUAAGAACUUGCCUUGUACAGCUGUAGGUUCUUUGUCUCAAGAGUCUCCUCAAUGAUGAUUCAAUUUGACCUUGAGUUCACUGGCAUGUUCAUCUCCUCAAAUCAGAUGGUGUUUCACCAUAAAAUCAGGAGUUAAUUUCAGUACAGCCAGUGACAGCAAUAUGGUCUUUGUUGGCUUAAAUCAUUGCAGGAAAUUUUGGCAAUGGUUUAAUUUGAAAAGGCUGGGCUAUGUUUUAACGGUUUGUUGAAGAGUAGAUCUACUUUUAACCUCAAAGCAAGUGAAGUACUGUCUUUUUAAGGGGAGUGAUCUGGAUGUCCGCGCAUGAACACCUUCAUACUGUCUAGAAAUUGCUUUCUAUAAAACCAUCACACACAACACUGCUACAUGGAGUGCAAGUUCUGUACGAAGGGACCACGGUGGGUGUUCCAUUUUUGUCCUCUACUGUUCUUUCCAUCGAUCCGUUAUCAGCGCUUUGCAGCCGGAUGGUGAUGUGACACAGCUGUGAUGAGACUAUUUGGAAGGAAGCCUGGUGUGGGAUUGAUGCUUAAUGGUGGUGAAGACGAAUGAAAGGCUGGCUGGUAUGAGCGAGGAAGGAGAGAGCGUGGAGAGGACUGCGUGGUGCGUUGUAGGAUUUUUUUUUAAGACGUGGCAAGAUGUGACCCCCCUGGUCCCUUGGCGUGGUGAGAGAAUGCAGAGAGCAGAAGUGGGAGACAGUACGAGUGCUUUUUUCCCCCCCCUCCCCUUGCGUUCGCAACGGACGUCCGUGACUGAUUUGAUGGAAAAGAGACAUUUGGAGUGAUGUUGAUACUCGCUUUGGUUUGCCUGUUGUAGUUGAAAAUAUGUGAAUGUGUUCCAGUGCAAUGAAUACUCCAGGGGUUGAAGCACACACAAAAUUAAUCAGCAGCUAAAUUGGCCAAAGUUAUUGUUUCAACAGAAAGAGGAAGACAUUUCAAUAAUUUGAUUUAAUUUGUAGCUGAAAAUGUAAGCAACCCCCUCUUUAGAAAGAUUUGCAUCAAACCAGAAUUGUGACGAUUGGAUUUAAGUGUCGAAGCAGCUCAUAAGAUACCCCAGUCCUGCUUAAGAAUGGCAGGCGGCAGCUUUGUUUUCGAUUGCUUUCAACCCCUGAAUAUUUUUUGUGUUUUAAAACCUUUCCCUUCCUAUGUCAUCUGUUGUGAGUGCCGAAUGGUUGGUGAUGUAUUUUUGUAUUACUGAUAUGUAAGUGUGGACAAGUGAUAUGAUGUGGAGUUAUGAAGGAUCACAACAUUUUGUGGCGUGUAUUGUGGCAGAUGACUGGAUGAGCUCAUUGGCCAUCUUCAGCCGUGUGUACGUUUGUUUUGAAAGUUUCUUGCGAAUGCAGCGCUUAAUAAAUGGAUUGCUAGUU